AUGGAUCUUCAUUUUCCGAAUUGGGAUUACUAUACUAGUUCAGUUAUUGAAGGCCGUCUUUUGAUAGUUUGGAGGAAGUCAUUUGUUAAGAUCAAUAUUUUAGAGGAAUCUAACCGAUUUGUUCAUUGUUUGGUUAAGUUGACUGGUGUGCAGCAGGAUUUUGGUGUUACUUUUGUCUAUGGUUUUAAUUCGAUUGAAGGAAGGAGAAGUCUUUGGGAAGGGCUACGAAGGCCGUUUCUUAAGGAAAAAGCUUGGUUAUUUUUAGGGGACUUUAAUGCCCCUUUUUCAGGCAAAGACAGAUCGGGAGGUAAGCCUAUUUCAGACUUAGAGUUGGUUGACCCCAUUCGGUGGCUUGCAGAUGCUUAUGUAGAGCCUUUAAAAAGUGUUGGUUCUUAUUUUACUUGGAUCAAUAACCAAAAUGGUGUAGCUAGAAUUUACACUAAAAUAGAUCAUGUGCUCAUAAAUGAGAAAUGGCUUGAUUUGAUUCCUCAGUCUACUGCUAUGUUCAGAUGGGAAGCUAUAUCAGAUCACUGCUCUUGUCUUGUUAAAACUCAGGUUUCAGAGAAGAUGGGGACUAGGGUGUUUCGGUUCUAUAACUAUUGGACAGAGCAUCAUGAUUUUCAUGCUCAGGUUUUAAGGAGCUGGAAGUCUCCGAUUAGAGCUGCUGGUAUUAAGGCCAUUUAUCUUAAAUUGCUGAGACUUAAACAUUGUUUGAAAGCCUUUAAUAUGGACAAAAUUGGUGAUCUGAAGGUUAACUACUACAAGGCUAAAGAGAAUUAUCAAAAAGCUCAAAUGCAAGCUCAAGCUUACCCCCAUGUUCUUAGUUAUCAGGAAGCUGAGAGGAUAGCAGCUGAAGCAUUUUCAAAGCAUAAAGCGGAGAAUGGCAUUGUCUCAUUCAUUACAGAAGAUGGCAAAUUAAUAGAUAAAUUCUCAGAAGUGGUUUCUCAUUUUGUGGGGCAUUUCAGAGAUUUUUUGGGAAGUUCUAGCUCGGCUACAGGAAGAUUAAAAGUUCAGAUUGUAGAGAUGGGACCUCAGCUUUCUGUUGAGCAGCAAGACAUAGGGGAUGAGGUGUGUGCUGCUAUUACUCAGUGUUUUGAAACUGGUAAUUUCCCUACUGAGCUCCACGAAACAACCUUAUCUUUGAUUCCUAAGGUAGCUAACCCCUUACGGGCUGUUGACUAUAGACCCAUAGCCUGUUGCUCUACAUUGUACAAGUGUAUGGCGAAAUUGAUUUGUAAGGGACUGGCCGAUAUUCUCCCCGAUCUUGUACAGCCCAAUCAGGGAGCAUUUGUCAAAGGUCGCUCUAUUGCCCAUAAUAUUAUGAUUUUUCAAGAUCUCAUCAAAAACUAUGGGAGGACUUCUACUUCAUCAAGAUGUGCUAUCAAGAUAGAUCUUAGUAAGGCAUAUGACACGGUAGAUUGGGAUUUUCUUGAGGACCUGUUAAAAGCUCUUAAAUUUCGUAUGAAAUUCAUAGGUUGGGUCAUGUCUUGUGUUAGGAAUACUUCCUAUUUUCUUCUGAUGAAUGGCAGAAUUCAAGGCAAAUUUAAAGGUGGGAAAGGGCUGAGACAAGGUGACCCCAUGUCACCUUUGUUGUUUGUCCUUAUAAUGGAAUACCUGACAAGAAGCUUGCAACUAGCUGCUCUUAAUUCUCCCUUUAGAUAUCACCCAAUGUGUAAAAGUCUCAAGCUCAUUAAUCUGUGCUUUGCGGAUGACUUACUGUUAUUCUGUAAGGGCUCUCUCACUGCUGUUACGGCUGUCAAGGAGGUUCUUGAUGACUUUGCUUCUACCACAGGUCUAUCCAUUAACCCUGAUAAAUCUCAUGUCUUUUUUGGUGGAGUUUCUAGCAAUGACAGAACCAGAAUUGCCCUUGAAUUAAAUCUGACAGAAGGUUCUUUUCCUCUAAAGUACCUUGGGGUUCCUAUGAGGCCUACUAAAUGGAAACAUGAAGAUUGUGAGGUUAUCAUUCAGAAAUUUCGCUUAAAGAUUCAGAAUUGGGCGAGUAGACACCUAUCGUUUGCUGGCCGGAUUCAACUUAUUAAUUCAGUUUUGCUUGGGCUUCGAAACUAUUGGAUGUCUAUUUUUGUUUUGCCUCAAAGCAUACUCAAGGAAAUUGAAAAGAUCUGUCAGGGUUUUCUGUGGGGCUCUUCUGGGCAGAGAAGCAAGAUUCACAUUCCCUCUUGGCAGAAGGUUUGUCUCCCUAAAGCCUAUGGAGGCUUGGGUUUCAGAGAUGGAGUAACUUGGAACCGAGCUGUUCUAGCUAAAUAUGUUUGGGCUUUAUCUGCUAAACUUGAUUUGCUAUGGGUUAAAUGGAUCCAUUCCAUAUAUUUGAAAGGUGUCAAUUUCUGGAACUAUGAUUUAAUAGCUGAUUGUAGUUGGUAUUGGUGGAAGAUAUGUCGUCUCAAGGAUCAUUUUAGCCCUGCUGAUAUACUUUCUGCUGGUGCGCAAGGGAAGUUUAAGUCUUCUAGGUUGUAUAACAGCCUCUUAGUCCAGCAAAGGGUAGAGUAUUACAGAACUGUUUGGAGUAGAAUUAUCCUCCCAAAUCACAGGUUUAUGCUUUGGCAAGUGGUUAAUUCUCAGCUUUUAACUAGGGACAAUCUCAGAAGGCUGCAUGUUUAA